UCACAAGAACCACAAGAGGUUCUCACCAUAGUAGACAGAUUGCUUCGGACAAACACAACAGUAGGGUCUAUUCCUAGUAACAAUUCGAAGUAGCUGGUGGUAUGUCUGUAGAGAGGCAGACAGAACGAUUUUAUGUGUAGAUUCGUCGAGAACGAUAAAGGUUUUGUUAGGGUUUUUCUAAUCAAUAAGCGAGUGUUCAUCGGAGUGUGAGGUGGGCUGAAGUCGUGGAAGUAUUUGGUCGUGUCAGAUCGAUCGCAGAGUUCCUUCGUUGAGAAUUUGUCGCAGCAGGUUGUUUGAUCGAGUGCGUCGAAAGCCAUGUCGACGAGCCAACCUCCGAUCGGAGAGGGCGAAUUUGUGGUCCAGAGGAAGGUAAAUCCGUCCUUCUGGUCGAGAUUGGCGAAGCAAAAGCAGGGACUCGGACUCAUGGCCCUGUCUGCGUCCUGCGGUUUCCUCGCUUUGAGCAUCUUGAAGCAAGAAAAGGAGCUGACUCGGGUCAAUGAGAUGGCUUCUCAAUUGAGGUUGCAGAAUGACGCGUUGAAGGAAAGGCUGCAGAAUGUGAAAUUGGCUGUGGAGGAGGAAGGGGUUGCCGGUCAAGGACUUGAAAUGCGGCUGAAGGACAUCUUGAAAAUCAAUGCAUCCUCUGCUGCUGACCAGACAAUUCCUCUGCCGGAGGAUCCUAAGGCUGAAAUGAGGAAAGCUAUCAAGGCGAAAUUUAUGGUGUGAUCAGAUUUGUCACAAUCGAGGUCAGGCAUGUACAGAUUGCUGCCGUUGCAGUUACAUCGUUUAAGUUACAUUCGGUUGUGUAGCAAUCUCUUUGAAUAUACUCACGUUACCGUGAUUUGAACGAAGGAGGAUAGCGCUUUUCAAGUAAGAGAUUGCUCUUUUUUUCAAGUUUGGUGACUCAUAUUAUUUUUUCUUCAAACUGAAGAUUUUUUCUUCGUCUUAGAAGAUACUGAUUAGGGCGUCUCACUUUAGCGUGUGGAUAGCAUGGCACCUUACUGCCUUCAUAGAAAUAGCAUUUUUCGUGGAAGAGAGGCUGCUGUCAGUGGCAAUUCUUUCAUUCCACCUCACGAAGGUGGGGCGUGGAAUUGGAACCGAAUAUGGUGCUCGGCUCAUGUCCUGUUUUUAAAACUCACUCUGGUCUUAUUGGACCCCCUUUUUCAGAUGGCACAUCGGAUCAAUGUAGUUUGAUGUAGGAAAGGGAGAUUCAAAGAAAGAAUUUGGAGAAUCCGAUUUUGCUCUUUAUUGAGAGAUCAGCUCCAUACCAUCGUGUAAGCAAUAAUUAUUUUUUCGAUAGCAUGUGAAGGAGAAGUGCCGUACUUAGUUCUGAGUUCAUAAUGAUAUGGGUGUUGCCCUUGUCAGAGCUAAAGCUUGAUACCUAAACGUCUAUCCCGCAUGACCGUCUUACAAGAUCAAUUUUGAAUUUGAGCAGUCUCAGGUUUUUUGACAUGGGCGAAAAUCCAGAUGAGUGCUUAUCUGCGGAUUCUUAGUAACGUCAAUGUGUUCUCAUUGUCCAUUAAUGUCUUGUAAAAUUCCCGAAAGCUUUUCAGGUAACCUGGCAGUUUCUCUUGAAGAGUAGAUUCGACAUCCAUUCCUAUCAUCGUGAACAUCUUUCCACGAUGGUAAUUUAGAGUCCGCCUGUGACGAGGAAACCUUUGAGCGGUGAAUAACUUCCUAUCUCUAUGCACUUGUUUUUUUCAAGAGCAGCAUAUUUGUGUUCUUCGAGGCCUUUGGGAAGAUAAAAAUUGCAUGCACCUGGGUUCGUUUCAUUGUGCAAUUCAAAAUUCUCACAUAUCUUGAGAAGAUGUCAUGUCUCUUGGAGUGCAACAUGCAGGUUUGAAAUUCUGUCGUUUGCAUGGUUACUGUUUGUUAGCGUUGUGACUUAAACUUUCUGU